CUUCAACCUUCUUCAUAAUGGCUCUUUAUCAUCCGCUCCCUUUAAUGAGUACUCCCUUCGCUUUCACCAGAUUGCCUCCAAGAAGUUGCAAAGUAGUCAGAACGUCCAGCAGCAACGUUGUGGUUCCAGGCAGAGUCCGGUGCAGUGGUGCUGCCAAACUGUCAGAUGAAGCCAUUGUUAGACGAUCAGCCAAUUACACACCUACCAUUUGGGGCCAUGAUUUUGUUCAAUCACUUAAGAGCCAUGUGGGAAAAUCAUCUGAGGAACGGGCUGAAAAGCUGAAGGAAGAAGUGAGGCUGUUGCUUGAUAGUGCGGUGGAUUCUGUACAGCAGCUGGAGCUCAUAGAUGUCUUACAAAGACUUGGAUUAUCUUAUCAGUUUGAAGAUGAGAUAAAGGGAAUUCUUGAUAGGGUAUACAAUAACAAGCAAAAACAAGACGGUUUAUAUGCGGUAGCUCUGGAGUUUAGACUCCUAAGACAACAUCACUAUGUUGUUUCCGCAGAUGUUUUCAAUAAUUUCAGUGAUGAGAAAGGAAACUUCAAUUCAUGUGGCAGUGAUGAUUGCAAAGGAAUUUUAUCUCUGUAUGAGGCUGCAUUUCUAUUGAAUGAGGAAGAGAGUAAAAUGUUCCACUCUGUCAGAAAUUUUGCGACCUCAUACCUGAAAGAGUAUAUUAAGGACGAGAAAAGUGAAGAUGAAUAUGUUUCCAAAUUAGUGAAGCAUGCUCUGGAGCUUCCACUACAUUGGAGGGUACCAAGGAUGGAGGCUAGGUGGUUUAUUGAUGUAUAUGAGACAAGACAUGACUUCAACCCCAUCUUGCUUGAGCUUGCUAAACUCCAUUUCAAUACACUGCAGGCAACGCACCAACAAGAUCUUAAACAUGUGUCAAGCUGGUGGAGGAAUACAGGUCUUCGAGAGAAGCUAAGUUUUGCACGGGACAGGUUGCUGGCGAAUUUCUUUUGGACUUUGGGGCUAACGUCCGAGGCCCGGUUUGGACACUUCAGAAGGAUGAUAACGAAGGUGAAUGCUCUGAUAACAACAAUUGACGAUGUUUAUGACGUUUAUGGUACAAUGGACGAACUGGAGCUCUUCACAGAUGCCAUUGAAAGAUGGGACGUCAAUGCGAUGAAGCAGCUGCCAGAGUAUAUGAAGAUUUGUUAUCUUGUUCUCCUCAAUUUCGUAAACGACAUGGCUUUGCAUGCUCUCAAAGUGCACGGAGUUGACAUUAUUCCUUGUCUUAAGAAAGCGUGGGCAGAUUUAUGUAAAAGCUAUCUAUUAGAGGCAAAGUGGUAUCAUAGCGGACACAUCCCAACCCUUGCAGAAUACAUGAACAAUGCAUGGAUUUCCAUAUCAGGUCCUGUGAUUCUAGUGCAUGCUUAUUUCCUCGUUACAGAUCCAAUCACAGAGGAGGCCGCAGAAUGCUUGGAAGAAUAUAGCAAUAUAUUCCGUUGGUCAUCAACGAUUCUAAGACUAGCAGACGACUUGGGAACAUCAUCGGACGAACUGGAAAGAGGAGAUGUAGCUAAAUCUGUACAAUGUUACAUGCAUGAAACUGGAGCGUGUGAAGAAGAUGGUCGAAAACACAUAGGAGAAAUGGUUGCUGCGACAUGGAUGAAAAUGAACAGAGAUCGGCUUGAAAAUCCUCAGUUGUCGAGAACUUUGAUUGAAAUUGCAAUGAACCUGGGCAGAAUGUCUCAGUGCAUGUACCAGCAUGGAGAUGGGCAUGGGAUUGAAGUUGGUCAGACGAGAGAUAAUGUAUUAUCUGUACUUGUAAAUCCCAUUCAGGUUUAAUCUGUUUGACAUUACUAGAUCGAAAGCAAAAGCUGAUGCUGAGUGACAAUAACGAGCAUGUAAAAUACAUCAUAGUGCUUGAAAGUUGUGAUAUUUGUUUGAUCAGUUCGACUGAUUGGAGAAUGGUACCUAUGAGUAAACCCAAUUUGAUUUUGCUCCAA